UAGGCUGUGGAAUAGAGCACGGCGGAGGGCCGUGGGCAGGGAGAAACUGGUGUGCGCGCGGCGGGCAUCAGUGAGCUUAGCCUCGCCGGCGGAGACCCUGCAAAGAAGAACCCAAGGACCAGUUUUCAAAGGAAAAAAAAAUUGGACCAGGAGCCAGGACCUGUUCUCCACAAACUUAAUAUUGUGUAGAUCAUCUUACCACUUGGGAUCUCAGGGGCCUCAUCUGUGGGGAAAAAAAAAAAAGAAAAAAAAAAAAAGAUAAGAUAAGAUAAAGCUUUAACCUGUCUGAAGACUUGGUGUCUUCAGCCUGUGACCACAGCAUUGGGAAGGCAGAGGCACUACUGCUUUGCAUUUGAGUCUAGCCUGGGCUACAUAGUGAUUUGCAUUUGAGGCCAGUUUAAGCUGCACAAUGAGGUGGAGGGCCAUCCAGCUACAGUACUGUUUUCUCUUGGUGCCGUGCGUGCUUACAGCUGUGGAAGCUGUGCCUAUCGACGUAGACAAGACCAAAGUACACAACCCUGAGCCCACGGAACGUGUAAAGAUGGACUUACCAGAUACUGGACUUUAUUAUGACGAAUACCUCAGGCAAGUGAUUGACGUCCUGGAAACAGAUCAGCACUUCAGAGAAAAGCUCCAGAAAGCAGACAUAGAGGAAAUAAGGAGUGGGAGGCUGAGCAAAGAGCUGGACUUAGUAAGUCACCAUGUGAGGACAAAACUUGAUGAACUGAAGAGGCAAGAAGUGGGAAGGCUAAGAAUGCUCAUCAAAGCUAAGCUGGAUUCCCUUCAAGAUACUGGCAUGAAUCACCACCUUCUUCUGAAGCAGUUCGAACACCUGAAUCACCAGAAUCCGGACACAUUUGAAUCCAAAGAUUUGGAUAUGCUAAUCAAGGCGGCUACCGCAGAUCUGGAGCAGUAUGACCGGACUCGGCAUGAAGAGUUUAAGAAGUAUGAGAUGAUGAAGGAACACGAGCGCAGGGAAUAUUUAAAAACCCUGGAUGAGGAAAAGAGAAAAGAAGAAGAAGCUAAAUUUGAAGAAAUGAAGAGGAAGCAUGAAAACCACCCCAAAGUCAAUCACCCUGGAAGCAAAGAUCAACUAAAAGAGGUUUGGGAAGAGACUGAUGGAUUGGACCCUAAUGACUUUGACCCCAAGACAUUUUUCAAAUUACAUGAUGUCAACAGUGAUGGAUUCCUGGAUGAACAAGAAUUAGAAGCACUAUUCACGAAAGAGUUGGAAAAAAUAUAUGAUUCCCGAAAUGCAGAGGAUGAUAUGAUAGAAAUGGAAGAGGAAAGGCUUAGGAUGCGAGAACAUGUCAUGAAUGAGAUUGAUAACAACAAAGACCGGUUGGUGACUCUGGAAGAAUUCUUGAGAGCUACAGAGAAGAAAGAAUUCUUGGAGCCAGACAGCUGGGAGACAUUGGAUCAGCAACAGUUAUUCACCGAGGAAGAGCUAAAAGAGUAUGAGAAUAUUAUCGCCAUGCAAGAGGAUGAGCUUAAGAAGAAGGCAGAUGAACUGCAGAAGCAGAAGGAAGAGCUGCAGCGCCAGCAUGACCACCUUGAGGCUCAGAAGCAGGAGUAUGAGCAGGCGGUCCAGCAGCUGGAACAGAAGAAAUUACAACAAGGGAUCGCUCCAUCAGGGCCCAUGGGAGAACUGAAGUUUGAGCCACACACGUAAAGUCCUGACGUCUGCCGGACCUUGGAAGAAAAUGAUAAAUUCAACAUCUGUUUCGUCUUUCAACAUCCCUUCUUUUCUCUUCACUCAAUAAAUACUUUAAAGCACAUUUGGAAUAAAGGAAGAGACUGUUAAAGCGAGAA